GUAUCGAUUGCUCGAUAAUAUCUCGUAUUGUUCUUCAAAUUAAUUGCAAAACGUAUAUAAAAGCAGAAAAUAAGUAAUAUUAUUCGCUAUUUAAGCAUAAAAUUAAUAAUUGAAAAUUGCAUGCAAGACAGUUUGUUAAUACUAAUAUGUUAGAUAUAAUUCUUUCAUCGAAAGUAACGACGAUGAUUUAUUCGAGAGAUAAGAUAUCCUUGCUACGUACCAAAUACUUGCGUGCUGUGUUAUUGUAAAUGUAACAUUUAUAAUAUUGUUAAUAAUGAUAUUAAUAAGAGCAAAAGGAUUUUUGUAAAAGGAUAAGUAAAUGCGGCAACUUCGAAUGAAAUAAUCAGUUCUGAAAAAAAUAACCUGAAUUAUUUCGAAACGCAAGAAAUGCAUAUAUCGAAGAAAACAAAAGUACUGUCUUGUUUGAUAAUAUGGAGGUUAAUUUCCGUCUUUGUCGUUCAAACUGCCCACGUACCAGAUGAAUAUUGGCAAUCGUUAGAAGUUGCUCAUCGUUUAGCAUUUGGUUAUGGAUAUCUUACAUGGGAGUGGGUCAUGAAAAUUCGCAGUUACACAUAUCCAGUUUUGUUAUCCAUUAUGUAUCGCACAUUAGCAUUGACAUCAUUAGAUUAUGUAAUAAUUUUAACAGUACUACCUCGAAUAUUUCAAGCAGUUAUAAGUGCUUACGGAGAAUACAAAUUUUAUAAAUGGACUAAGAACAAAUGGACACUGUACAGUUUAUGCAUAAACUGGUAUUGGUAUUAUUGUGCCACUCGUACAUUAAUAAACACUGUAGAAACUGCAUUUACUAUGAUAGCUUUAUCUAUAUUUCCAUGGCGAGACAGUAACAUCAAAAGUGUAAGAUAUUUAUGGAUUGUCGGAUUUUUAUGUAUGAUUAGACCUACUGCUGCUAUUAUAUGGUUACCUUUAUGUCUUUAUCAUUUAUGUACAAGUUUACAAAAUAAGUUAAUGUUAAUACGUCAGUACAGUAUAAUAUGUGCUAUCUGUUGUUUCAGUUCAAUAUUAUUGGAUAGUUAUUAUUAUGGUAUGUUAAUUAUUUCUCCUUGGGAGUUUUUUCGUGUGAAUGUACUUUAUAAGAUUGGAGAUUUAUAUGGAACGCAACAUUUAUUAUGGUAUAUUAUAUGUGGAUUACCGGUACUUUUAGGAUGUUAUUAUAUUAUAUUUUUAUUAUGUAUUUAUCAAAUAAUGAAACAUUCAUCCAUUUUUCAUCGUCAAGCAGUUAUGUUAAUUGUUAUAGGUUGGACACUUGGUGUUUAUUCUCUGUUACCUCAUAAAGAAUUUCGAUUUUUAUUACCUCUUUUACCAAUGUGUCUAUAUAUAUGCACUUCUUGUACAUUCUCUUUGAAUGUGAAAUUCAUAAAAACAGCAAAAAAAAGUUUUGUGGGGCUAUUAAUAUUAACCAAUGUGUUACCUGGCCUUUACUUUAGUUUAAUACAUCAACGCGGAUCGUUAGAUUUAAUGAACCUCCUUCAUAAAGAAAUUAUUAAUACUGAUAAUAACAACAUAUUAUUUCUGACUCCUUGUCACGCUACUCCUUUAUAUAGUUAUUUACAUAUGAAUGUAUCUACCAAAAUAUUAACUUGUGAGCCUAAUUUCACUAAUAAUACAAACUAUAUGGAUGAAGCAGACAUAUUUUUUGCAAAUCCAAUGCAAUGGCUUGAUAAAACCUAUAACAGUAACAAAAAUAUUACAAUUCCCAAUUAUGUGAUAUCGUUUGAUCAUAUUGUACCAAAAAUAGGUCGAUUUUUGAAACAAUAUCAAUUAUCGUCCCAAAUUUUUUAUGCGCAUUUUCCACAAUUAAAUUAUGGAAAAUAUAUUUAUGUAUAUAAACGUAAAUAAAAAAGGGAAAAGAAAGGUAUAAAUAAUAGAUACAAAUAAUGAAAAAUAUAAAUAAAUAAAAAAAAAUGAAAAA